AAAAAAAAAAAAAAAAAAAAAAAAAUUAUUAUGCAAUGUCCAAUAAAAAAAUAACAUAUAAAUAUACUUUGUUAUUGGUGUUUCUUUCUUUUUCUUUUCUUUCUGCUAGUACUCUACUAUUUGAUUCUAUUUCUAUGCCACAAGUAGCUGAAGAAAAAGCUGGCCCAACAAUUCAGUGGGGUUCUUUUCCAACACAAGUACUUACAGUGCAAGAUAUUUUAUUAGACUCUCCUGUUUGGAGAAUAACUAAAUCACAACUGGAAGAUCAAUUAGAUGCAUUUGAGAGAUGGGCCGACGACUUUAUUCCUGCCUUGAAAAAUUAUAUCGAUAGUAUUCAAAAGUAUAAUAUACAGGCAAAUACCUUAUGUAAACGUACUUUUUUUAAUGGUUUUCUAAACGAUAAUUAUACUUUAAUGGAUAAUAAGGUAGCCUGUGAUGUAAUUAAUACAUUUGCUAGUACCUUAGAAUCUUCAAUAUCAGAAAAGUCAAAAAUGGUGACUGAAUUAGAAGAGACACUAUUAAAUCCACUACAAAAUAGGAUGAAAAAUCAAUUUAAACAAUACAAAGAUACGCGGAAACAAUUCGAAAAACAGUUUGAUAAAUAUGAAUCUCAACAAUCAAAAUUUUAUACAAUGAAUAAACAAGCUAAAGAACCUAGUGCUUUGCGUGAAGACGCCUUUCAGCUAUAUGAUGUUCAAAAAGCUUACGCGCAAUUAAGUAUGGAUUAUUUUUUGGCUUUAGUAAAAGUGAAGAGUCAAAUUGAAGAAUUUCUUGUGGAAGGAUUUUCAUCAGAUAAUGAUACUUUAUCAUCAACUUGGUUGACUGAGCAUAAAAUAAUGCAUAAUUAUAGAAGUGUUCAACAGCAUUAUGCUGAGGUAUUAGACUUAUUUCUUGCCAGUCAAAAACCAGUUCGCUCUUUAAAUUAUUAUCGUAAUCAUAAUCAUAAUAAUAAUAGUAAUAAUAAUAAUAAUAAUAAAGCCGAUCAAGAAACUAAUGUUCGAUGGUCAAAACAGGGCUAUUUAAAUUAUCGUAUUACUUCUACAUCUUGGAAACAACGUUGGUUUUUUAUAGAACAAGGAUGGUUUGGUUCUCUUGUAGUUACAAUAAAUAAAAGGCAAACAAAAAAGAAAGAAUGUGUUAUGUUAGAUAUUCUAUUUCCUGUAAAUGAGCUUGAUUUAUAUGAAGGAAUAUACGAUAAUCGACGUCAUUCAUUUCAAAUUAUACAUCAUUUAUCAAAUACUAUCUUUUAUCUUCAAGCACAAACUCAAGAUAUAUUAAAUUUAUGGAUAUCAGCAUUUAAAACUAACAAAUAUUAUAAGGAGCAAGGGCAAAAGCAAGAGCAAGAGCAAGAGCAAGAAGAAAAAAGAAUACCUAAAUUUAUGUUAUUACCAAAACAAGUUUUUACUUUCGAUGAAAAGACAACUCAUGCUGUGAAAAUGUCGACUGUCGUAAAACCUAUAAUAGAUGAAACUUUAGCUGCAGUGUCUAGUUUAACCUUCCUCUUAAUUCAAGAGUACAAAGUUCAAAUUUCCCAGAAGGAGGCUUCUGUUCUUUCAAAUGAACAAAACAAUACUAUUUCAAAUUCUCCUAAUACUGCUGCUGCAAGAGCAUCUUGGAGCUCUUGGCUUCUUUCAUCUACAGGGCUUAAUUCUCUUUAUUCGACUUCAUCGAAUCCUUCCUCCUCUGAGCAAUUAGACCAAACUUCAAUGAUAACAGACUUACCUAAUCAACAAAAUGAAGAUAUCACCCUGAUCUGGCCAUUCCAAAGAGCCUUUAAAAUUCCCAACAAUUAUUCUGACUUUCUUCUAGAACGUCAAACUGAGCUUUCUUUGUUAUUCUCUAUACCAUCUAAUGAAAUCGUUCUUGAAUCUUGUCUUGCAACACUUUAUAGUACCUGUUCUAUCUUUGGUACAUUAUAUAUCACACAACACAACAUCUUUUUCUAUAGUUGUCUCUUCAUGACUGAUAUUCAUAUCCUCAUUAUACCCAUUUCUAACGUAAAGUCCGUUUCCUUGGAUGAAAGUAGUUCAAUUUUAACUAUAGAUGCAUCCCAUGAAUUUCGAUUAAGUCCAUGGACAAAUAGUGAAAUAGUUUUACAAAGACUCAAAUUAAUUAUAGAAGCUCACAAUUCUGAUUUGCAUUUGCAGACAUUAUAUGACGAAGUUAUAGCAGUAAGCAAUAAGAUGAUGAUGAUGAUGAUGAAGAAGAAGAAGAAAAAGAAUAGGUCGUUACCAACACAGCACGUUACAUCAAGUAGUGCAUUAUUUGCUUCAGUGACACCUUUAACAGUUCAAGCGCAACAGCCUGUUAUGGAUUCUGCAUCCCUUUUAGAGGACUCUAGUACAGUAAAGGAUGUGAGAUCUACAACUCCACCCGUCGUAGCGGGGUCCCCUGCACAAACUCGGUUAGCUGCCGUUGUUGCUAAAAAUCAAAAGGAAAGGAUCACCAAAAGACAGUCCAGGCAUGAUACAUUGAAUCUUCCUCCUUUUAACCCCGUUGAGUGUAAUUGUAAAUCUCAUCUUGAAAAAAUAGAAGCAAGUGUGUCCUUCAACUUUAGCCCUGAACGUCUCUUUCAUCUUCUCUUUGAGACUCCAGAAUGUUGGAUUCGUUUGAAUGCAAUGAAAGGCUUUGGUAAACCCCUUUGGUCACCACCCACACUUAAAUACUCAAUGCCUGUGUCAAAUGCGAUGGUGAAGGCUAAACAGACCAACGUGAUCGAGACAUUCUCGGUCAUUGAGCAACAGCCUCCUUAUCUGUAUGUCGUCAGGGUCACAACCGAAACUCCUGGAUUACCCUAUGCAGAUAGUUUUAAACCCAUUAUUCAAUACUGUCUAACGUCUACUGACAAGGGCUGUCAUUUGAAAUGCUCCAUCGGCGUUGAAUGGCUAAAGACUGUAUCCUUCUUAGUGAAAGGAAUGAUCCAUCAUGCAGCAAUAAAAGGAAUGCAAGAAACGGUACAUAAAUUACUGCCAAUUAUUAAGGAACAAACUCAAUCUAUAUCUAAUGAAGAAGGAGGAGGAGGAGGAGAAGAGCAACCACCUCUACAAAAUACUAUUGAAGUUCAACAAGAUAUACAACCCAAAUUACCACGAACUAUAGUCGUCUUGCAGUUAGUACUUGCUCUCGUACUCAUCUUUAUGGGCCUUUGGAUAUCCACUAAAUAUGAUUCAUUACAAUUGUGUAUGCAACAUCCAGCAAAUGCAUCGAUCGUAUGGCGUGGGGUCUAUUUACAUGAUUUAAAGAAUCAACUCUCUCUAAAUCAUAAAGAGAUCGUUAGAGAUGAUUGGAUGCUACAAGAGCAGUCAUUAAUAACAGUUGAGCUUACUUAUGCAAAGCAGAGAUUAGGUGCUAUAAGAUAUGAUUUAUUAUCAGCUUGGCAAAUCUUAAAUAAGGUAGAGAGUGAUUUGAUAGCGACAGAACUAUCGAUAGUAGAUAAGGAACCUAAGUCAUGAUCUGCAAAAUUCAUAAAUAACAAUAAUAGUAAUAAAAAAUGCACAAAUAUAUAUUAAAUAUUAUUUCAUUAAAGAAGUAUGUAUUGAUAUUAAAUCAUACAUACAACAAGUUUAUUGUUAG